AUGUCCGUUCUGCAGAUCGCGGUCCUGGCGUGCGCCGUGGCGGUCGCCAGCGCCGGGUUCUACCCCAGCGCCGCCGUCGCACUCACGGCGGCCGGCCUGCAGCAACAGCAACAGCAGCAGCAGUCUCAGCUGCAGCAGCAGCGAGCACUGGCCGCCGGGGGCGGCGGAGGUGGCUCCGGGGGCGGCGGCGCGCCGGGGCAGACGCUGACGUACUACACGGCGGGCCCGGUGACGUACCAGCCCGCGGGCCCGCCGGCGGCCAUCGCGUACCACCCGGCGGCGCCGCUGGCUUACGCGGCGCCCGCCGCCGCCGUGGCCGUGCACCCGGCGGGCGGCGCCGUCGCCUACCCCGUGGCCGCCUACCACCCCGCCUACCCCGCGCUCACCAAGGAGGGCGUCGCCUUCCACCCGGGCGCGCCGCUCGCGCUGCACCCCGCGGCGCCCGUCGCCUUCCACGCGGCGACGCCGCUGCUGUACCACGUGCCCGCCUCCGCGCACGCGCAGAACGCCGGCUCUUCCUCCGGCAAGGGCGACGGCGGCGACGGCGGCUCCUCCUCCUCGCACUUCACCUUCGACGGCCUCGGGUACAACUACUCCUACUAG